CUCGGCUAGUUUUCGCGCCCACUUAGGCCGCGAUUCUGCAGAAUCCCAAGAGACUAAAGCAUGCCACCGAGUCAGUGGGAGGGAGUGAUUGCCUGCGAGGGUUCACAUCCUCAUUGAUCGGCUUUGCCAUCCAGCCAGCUGGGUAUGCCUGACCAACAACCAGCGUGUGUAACCUCACGUCAAUUCUUGCUUCUGUCAGCGCUGGCACUCGACGCCACCAAACCAAGGGAUGUCACUCACAAUCUCUGGCUCUGGCAUUCAAUGGAGGAAGACCGAAGAGUGGAGAUCGGAUCAGCUCCUCGGGUACCGGGACGGCACCAGACAAUCGAAAGGACGAUGCCCUUAGACAUGGCAUUCCUGCCGUCGCGUCAAGCAAGGAAGCUCACUCUGUUCCCCACGAACCAUGAUCUGUGCGGCGAUCGGCUCCUCGUAUGGAACGCCUGGGCCACUGAGAUUGCGACGGUGGAGCUCCCAAGGGAGCGGACAGCCAACUAUCGGAGGGAUCUUCGGCGAGAUUCAGCUCAGAUGAGAUUUGCAGCCACCCACAUUCGUGCAGACUAUCCAUAAUAGCGACCGCCUGGAUGGAGGUCGCACGGGCGAGAGAAGACAGGCUGCAGGGGCGCACGUUCGCGUUGAGAAUGGUGGGUUUA